AUGGCUGCGCUGGCAGUCCUGCCACUAUCCAGUGUGGAGUGCAAGUCGUGGAUCCGUGGGUCUCUCUGCAACGCGCGGCUCGCGGAGCUGAUGCAGAUCUCGCUGCUACAGUACGAGAUGGACUGGCCUGGGGUGCUCGAUACCUGGAAGAGCCUCAAGAAGAUUCGCCCCGCGCAGAGCGUUCUGUUCCCAUCUGACGAUCGCAAGCGUAAGGAGAAGGAACCGGAGAAGGAAGAGGAGGAACCCAGGGAGCCGGCUGGCGAGGAGGGGUCAUUCGCGGAGUCAGACGAUGAUCGUGACGACAACCAGGAGAUGGAUCAGGAGAUUGAGCAAUCGCCGCCCCGAGAUUACUCAGAGGAAGAAGAUAACCCGUUCCUCUCGGAUGACGAGGAGGGGGAGGAGAUGUUUCGCAUAGAUCAGCCGACAGAGUAG